GGAGGAAGAGAAGGAGGAAGAGGAGGAGGAGGAGGGGGAGGAAGAGGAGAAAGGCGCAGGGGUGGGAGCUGUCGCCGGAGCUGCCACAGCAAAAGUUCUCUCCCCUCCCCCUCGCCCUCCUCGCCGGGCCCGUGGGAAGGUCGGAGUCGCCGCCGCCUGCAGUCAGUGACCGCGCGCCUCGGCGCCAGCCCGCGGAUUCUGCCUGCAUACCAGAAGAGGGUACCUGAUCUAAUUAUAGGUGGUUAUGAGCUACCCUGUGGCUGCUGGAAAUUGAACUCAGGACCUUUGGAAGAGCAGCUUUUGCUCUUAGCCUCUGCGCCGUCUCUCCAGCCCCAGCUGAUUGCUUUUUAAUGGGAUAGAAGAGAAGAAUCAGUGGCUUGGAAAUUCAGCCUAGUGACCUGGCGCGAUGGGCGUUUGCCUGACACAUUUUAUAGAGGAAUUGGAUGGCACAAGUGACUGAGAGGAUCUUGAGAGUUUCUGGAGCCUGUGAAAGGUAGAAACUCCACCAUGAUUUCUUUCUCAACUCAACAGCAUUCCCUUCCUUGAAUUCAUUUUUACUUCAGCCUCAGGCAGUUAUACUUAAGCAUGAACAUUGACGACAAACUGGAAGGAUUGUUUCUUAAAUGUGGCGGCAUAGACGAAAUGCAGUCUUCCAGGGCAAUGGUUGUAAUGGGUGGAGUGUCUGGCCAGUCCGCCGUGUCUGGAGAGCUGCAGGAGUCGGUACUGCAAGAUCGAAGUUUGCCUCACCAGGAGAUCCUAGCUGCAGAUGAAGUUUUACAAGAGACUGAAAUGAGACAACAGGACAUGAUAUCACACGAUGAACUCAUGGUGCACGAGGAGACAGUGAAGAAUGACGAAGAACAGAUGGAGACUCACGAGCGGCUUCCUCAAGGGCUGCAGUACGCACUUAAUGUCCCUAUAAGUGUAAAGCAGGAAAUUACUUUUACUGAUGUAUCUGAGCAACUGAUGAGAGACAAAAAGCAAGUCAGAGAGCCAGUAGACUUACAGAAAAAGAAGAAGCGGAAACAACGCUCUCCUGCAAAAAUCCUUACAAUAAAUGAGGAUGGAUCACUUGGUUUGAAAACCCCUAAAUCUCACGUUUGUGAGCACUGCAAUGCUGCCUUUAGAACGAACUAUCACUUACAGAGACAUGUCUUCAUUCAUACAGGCGAAAAACCGUUUCAAUGUAGUCAAUGUGACAUGCGUUUCAUACAGAAGUACCUGCUUCAGAGACACGAGAAGAUCCAUACUGGUGAAAAACCAUUCCGCUGUGAUGAAUGUGGUAUGAGAUUCAUACAGAAAUAUCACAUGGAAAGGCACAAGAGAACUCACAGUGGAGAGAAGCCUUACCAGUGUGAAUACUGCUUACAGUAUUUUUCCAGAACAGAUCGUGUAUUGAAACAUAAACGUAUGUGCCAUGAAAAUCAUGACAAAAAACUAAACAGAUGUGCCAUCAAAGGUGGCCUUCUGACAUCAGAGGAGGAUUCUGGCUUCUCUACAUCACCAAAAGAUAAUUCACUGCCAAAAAAGAAAAGGCAAAAAACUGAGAAGAAAUCAUCUGGAAUGGACAAAGAGAGUGCAUUGGACAAAUCUGAGAUGAAGAAGGACAAAAACGAUUACCUGCCUCUCUACUCCUCCAGCACUAAAGUAAAAGAUGAGUACAUGGUCGCAGAGUACGCUGUUGAAAUGCCACACGCUUCAGUUGGAGGGUCCCACCUGGAGGACGCAUCUGGAGAAAUACACCCACCCAAGUUGGUUCUCAAAAAAAUUAAUAGUAAGAGAAGUCUGAAACAGCCCCUGGAGCAAAAUCAAACCAUUUCACCCCUGUCCACUUACGAAGACAGCAAGGUCUCAAAGUAUGCAUUUGAGCUUGUGGAUAAGCAGGCAUUACUGGACUCAGAGGGCAGCGCUGACAUCGAUCAGGUGGAUACCUUGCAGGAGGGGCCCAGCAAACCUGUGCACAGCAGCACUAACUACGAUGAUGCCAUGCAGUUUCUGAAGAAGAAGCGGUAUCUUCAAGCUGCAAGUAACAACAGCAGGGAGUACGCACUAAAUGUGGGCACCAUAGCUUCUCAGCCUUCUGUGACACAAGCAGCUGUGGCCAGCGUCAUCGACGAGAGCACCACAGCGUCCAUCCUGGAUUCCCAGGCACUGAACGUGGAGAUUAAGAGCAACCAUGACAAAAGCGUUAUUCCAGAUGAGGUCCUGCAGACUCUGCUGGACCAUUACUCCCACAAAGCUAAUGGACAGCACGAGAUUUCCUUCAGUGUUGCAGAUACUGAAGUGACUUCUAGCAUAUCAAUCAAUUCUUCCGAUGUACCCGAAGUCACCCAGUCAGAGAAUGUUGGAUCAAGCUCCCAAGCAUCCUCAUCAGAUAAAGCUAACAUGUUGCAGGAAUACUCCAAGUUUCUGCAGCAGGCUUUGGACAGAACUAGCCAAAACGAUGCCUAUUUGAAUAGCCCGAGCCUUAACUUUGUGACUGAUAACCAGACCCUUCCAAAUCCGCCAGCAUUCUCUUCCAUAGACAAGCAAGUCUAUGCAGCCAUGCCCAUCAAUAGCUUUCGAUCAGGAAUGAAUUCUCCACUAAGAACAACUCCAGAUAAAUCCCACUUUGGACUAAUAGUCGGUGACUCACAGCACCCAUUUCCCUUUUCAGGUGAUGAGACAAACCACGCCUCUGCCACAUCCACAGCAGACUUUCUGGAUCAAGUGACUUCUCAGAAGAAAGCUGAGGCACAGCCUGUCCACCAGGCUUACCAAAUGAGCUCCUUUGAACAGCCCUUCCGUGCUCCAUAUCAUGGAUCCAGAGCUGGAAUAGCAACUCAAUUUAGCACUGCCAAUGGACAGGUGAACCUUCGGGGGCCAGGGACAAGUGCUGAAUUUUCAGAAUUUCCCUUGGUGAAUGUAAAUGAUAAUAGAGCUGGGAUGACGUCUUCACCAGAUGCCACAGCUGGCCAGACUUUUGGCUAAAAAAAAAAAAAAAAAAAAAAAAAGUGUAAAUAAUACUGGCACUUUAGAACAGAUUAAUCAAGAGUGGGGUUACUCUGUAAAAUGGAGUGCUGUACAGAUCUGAGAGCAAUGCGUUCAUAGCAAGCUGAUAAGGAUAGCAAGAUAAUCCAAUAACUGCAUUUCGUUUGGUUAGUCCGCAUUCCUUGAACUGCCUUACGUGUUGUCACCGUUAGAGAAGCAAUGCAUUACCUGUUUUAGAUCAGAAACUUGCUAUUCACCCACACCAAGAUAAAAGGAAAAAGACUUUCGCACAAUUGUUUCCUAACUGAUAACAUUGUACAUUCUUAGGAGAGUAGUAAUUGUGUGAAACUUCCUCAUACUGUUUCUAAGUUUUUCAGCAUAGUAUUGCACUUCAGCAGGGAAUCCGAGGCUGCGCCACAGACAGUGAACUUAGAGUUUCAAUGUCAAGAGAGUAUGGCUUAAAUAAGUAGUUUGUCCUAUGGGGGUAAUAAAAAGAAAACACCUUUUAAAAAUGAUAUGCCAUAUACCCUUGAUUUUCAUUUUGCAUUAUAUUGACAUGUGGGUUUUUUUGUUUUUUUUUUUGAAGAAAAAAGUAAUAAAAAUCUGAUAGUCUAAGACUCCACUAUUUAAAAGCCUAAUUACUUUUAAAGUAUGCAUACUUUCAAAACUUUUACCAAAACACACAACUGUUGAAGCAUUCACUUCUCUAUGGAAGUAUGCAUAUUGGUGUCAGUUCCUUUGUACAGGUAUACUUAGAUAUUUUUUAUGAUUUUUCAUGUGCAAGUAUCAAGGUUUGAAGUUUUAGUAAAAGAAAUAUUCUGUAGAUUACAUUCCCAAAAAAUAAUGCUUACACGAAUUGUAUAUUCCACGUUUUAAAGCUGAAAUGUAUUUUACUUUACACACUUCAGUUGGCAUAGAGCACUUAGAAUUAAGCUGGUAUUUUUGAUUUCUCAAAGUUAAAAAAUAGAUUUUUUAGGUUUGAUAUGGUUGUGUCAUAAUCAUCUCGUAAUUGACAAUUUUGCUUUUUGGCAAUAAAAGGAAGUUGGGAUAUCUUUGGACUGUAAAACCUGGUUUAAUUCUUCUCUUUAUGGACUCUUGAUAGAUUGGAUAAUUAAACAGUAUCCCAAGAAACUAAAGAAAUGGGCAUUUUAAUUGCUUACUUAAGUUACUUUUAAGUGAAUACUGCUCAUGACAGUUUUACAAAGCGGAAGUGCUUACUGAUUCCAGUAACUGCAAUUUGUUUUUCAGCUAGAUGAGUGAUCGGAAUUUUUUUUUGUUGAAUUUCAAAAUCUAAAUAAACUACAGACUUUAUCCUUAUACCACGAAUGUUCUUUUUAUAUAUGUAUACUUUGUCUUAAAAAUAAUACAGCAUGGUACAAUAAAUACUGCUUUUAUAUCUAUCUAUCUAUACACUUUUAUGAAGAAUGAUGGUUUGAGUUACACAUUGGACAGUUUUAAUUUUUGGAGACUAACAUUAGUUACAUUGACUCUACUCUCUUUUGUUUGCUCCACCUUUUUCGGUUUUGUACUUUAAAUCUGUGCCAUCUUUAUCACAGUGCACCAGUGGUAAUCUAAAACUAGUACCCUUGGGAGGUGAAGCUGUUGUUAACUCCAUUUUGACUUUGCUGUUGACCCUGUAGAUCUGCUUGCUUUGUUUCUGUGUUGAGUAUGUUACCCAUUUAAAUUAUUUUUCUUUUAUUUAAUGUUAUCCCAAGACUGUUCUCAAAAAGAAGGGAGCAAAGAAAUAUCCUCUCCCCAGGAUCCUUCACUUACACUCAUUUAUUUUUUAAUAUGUUGGUGUUUUUAUGACAAGGAAUAUAAGUUAUGUUUAAUGUGGUUUCCUCUACACUUUGUUAUGAACUUUGCUUGAUAUCAUAGUUUUCCCAUUUGACAGCUUUGCUGUCAGAUCUCAAGGACUUUAGACUUCUUUGAAGUAAAAAUCUUAAGUUCUGCCAUUAUUGAUCUGAAGACUGACGUGUGUCUGUGGCGCAUCCCGUAACCACAGGAACGCUUCAUCAGAUGAGGUGUGAUGGGACCGUACACCCCCUAGAUGGGUGCUUGUGUUUCUCUCAUAGUGCUUUUGAUAAGAGCAGACAUUCAUUCCUAAGCUGAGCCUGAUUAAAAGACAAUGUGGUUCCACUGUGAACUUGAUACGUUUCUUGUGUAGUGUAAGGGUCUGUCUUUAACAUCACCAGCACAGUUUUAAGAAUGUGAUGGUUGCUGAGCUUUCAGGUAAGCUUAGGAAGAAAAGCCUUUGAAAACAGAAGUUCUAUAAACAGAAUUUCAGGUGUCGCAUUCCUGUCUUAAACACAUUUCUUUAAAUCCACACAAUGGCAGACUUUUCUACCAGGUUAUACACAUUUGAGAUAACCAACAGCCAGCAUAACUUACUGACUUACCAGUUAACGUAGAGUCCUCACUUACUGUGAAGUUCUGGAUGCCUGCCAGACUCAGCUUGUAUCUUCAUCCUAUGAGAAGCAUCUCAACAGUCUGGGUUUCCCUGCCUGGCCAUUAGAGAGAGGAAGUGGCCUUGUGUGCUGCUUUGUUUGAUGGAUCCCUGGAGGAUUGGAGAUAGGACCCUGUUAGUUCACACUUCUCAUUUCUCUCAGUGAGCAAAUUCUUCUCGAAGAGUAGCUCCUAACACCUGUCAGCUUUUGCUCACCAUGAGCCUGUUCUGCUUUUUCUCACAGGUCCUUCCAGUCUGGGCUUGGGAGACCUCUGGCUAGACCAGGGCAGGAGCUGUCCAGCAUCUGAAAGCAUUGUUGCUUUUUGAACUUCAGUUUUUACUGCACAUGUAGUUUAUUGGGUUUGGAAUAGCUAAGUGGCUCCUACAGUUUUGUGGGGGUUUUUUUUGUGGUUUUUUUUUUUUUUUUUUUUUUUUUGGGGAUCUACAGUGCGCAUGUGCUACCUAGUCAGGUAGGAAUCCACCAUCUUAGCUCUGACUCAGGGUGCCAGCAAUGGGUCAUUUUAUCUCUUGAGAGGUAGAAGAGGCCUUGUGCUCAGGGCAAACUUUCAAUUCCCGCAGAUGAGGGACACUUGCAAAGUGCCAGCGAGGUUAGAUCUUUUGCCACUUCUUUGAUUUUAUUUGGGCUUUUAAAGGGCUGUUUAAAAAAAAAAAAUUAAAAAAAAAAAAAAAAGAGGCUGGGAGCCUUUGAGUAGGCACAUUGCGUACUGCGCUCCCUAGAACCUUUAAACUAGAGCUCAUCUUUUUUUCAGUGUAGUUACUUGAAGAAGCACUAUUAAAAUCAGUGAGAAUCUAUUUGAGUCUGCAAUUUAAACCUUUUUUCGUUUCAAAUCGCUUUAUUUCAGGGAAAUAAUUUUCCAGUUGUUUUGCUAUAUUCUGCAAAUAAAAGCCGUGUGUUUCCUUUUUUCCACCUAAAUGUUGGUAGGAAACAAACUAAAGCGGACAAACAUUUCGUGUUGUGUUUGUUGCUUCCUUUAAUCCAAUGGAUAAAAAAAAAAAAAAAAAAAAAGUAAAACCCUGUAAACAUUAUUUUAUUUUUUUAUGCAAUACCAUGCUGUAAAUAGGGUUCAUCGAGUAAGGGUGUACCUCCCUAUGAUUGAACCUUUGAUUCUGCACAGUUAGAGUUUAUAUAUAAACGUGUCUUGACAAUCAAGGACUUGAUGUGAGUCUUCCUUUAUGGUGUUUAUUAAUGUUAUGCAUUCCAUUUGUUUGAAGUGAGUACCAAUGUGCUAAUUUGUAUUGUCUGAAAGUAUGUAAUGUUUUUACAGCUUGUUUUUAAGACUCUGUAAAUAUGUACAAACCAGUCACAGGACCGCUUUAUGUUAGAGGGCGUGUGAUGUACUGUAUGUAAGCAAUAACACAUAGCAGUGCUAACUUUACAAGUAGCAUCAGGAACGUUCUAGAGAAACAUUUCAGAGUUCUUAGUUAUCCUUAGUUCAUUUAAUAAUGAUUAUCUUUAAUCAGUUUUUAUAAGCAAAUUCCAUUGUUCCUCCUGUUGGAACGUAACACUGUUUACACAGCAUAAUUGACAUUGCAGGGGAGACAGGCUAGAUUUGGCUUCGUCUGUGCUCUCUCUCACUAAGCGUUGAAUGGCCUUACCACUUGUGCAAAGAUGGAAGAAGACGGCAGAACUUAGUGCCCAUCACACUGAAGGAAGGGAUGUGGGGUUUUUUUGUUUGGUUUUGUUUUUCCUGCUUCUGUACCGCUACCUAACUUUGUGGUUUACCUUGGGUUUUAUUAUGUGUUUCUGUUCUAGAUUCAAACCCGUAAGUGUUGAGAUAGCUUCAGUUCAAUUGUGAAGUAGAUAAAUUUCUUCAUAUUUCAUAGCUACAUUUCAAUGAUUCUAAACUUUCUACUUUGAUUUUUAGAUACUUAUUUUUCAAGCUUGAUUUCUCAGCUGACCAGAUGAAUUUACUCAACUUCAGUACAAAGAAAGACAGACUUAAUGCUUGAAGUGAGUAGAUAACUAUACUGUACAGAGCAGCUCUCUGAACACCCGUCACUGCUUUAGAAACGAAGCCGCCAAUUUAUAAAUGAUUAUGACCUACAUUUUAUAGGGAAAAUGUUUUUAAUGCUAGUCAUUUCUAUAAUGUGCUUUGAAGGAUUUGCUAGUCCACUCCUGUCACUUUUAGUACACUGGUACCUUUUCUAUGUAAUGUACGCUUUUUAUUACUGUAGCAGAGCAUUUCAGUAGAAAGAAUUUUGCAACAAUAUGGGGGAAAUUUUUCAUUGUCGGGUUUGAAUUAUACUGGAUUUUAUCUGUCUAGUCUUACUUGUCUUUAUUUUAAUGCUGUCUGGAAGGGACCUUGGUACCCAAAUAAAGCAGGUUAACCUCAUUGCUUCAAGGGCACACUGUGUAGUGCUGAGUUUCACCUGGAAAUCUGAUGACUUUGAAAAGAAAACCACAUUUAUAAAAAUUGUACAGAAGAAAUUAAAUGUGUGAUGGAAA